AGGGCAUAUGUGUCAUCCACUGGUCUCCAUUCUGGAAGACCUGCUUCGCCAUUUCCUUUCGCGGCCUCGUCUUCAGUUCGAUUCGAGAGGGAUCGAGAGGAAGAGAGAUCACUGCGUUAGCGCAGUAAACCCUCGAUCUGGAAGCUAUUCUUCUCUCGCUUUCUGCAAAAUCAGAUAAUUCCUCCCUUUUCGCGCUUUUUUGGGAAGUUCCCCGAUCGCAAAACCCUAGAUUUAGUCGUUGCUUUCUGGUUUUUAAGUGUAUUGUUCAUCUCUCGAUUUUUAAGGAGAGAUCUUUUGUUGGUUUGCCUUUGAUUCGUCCGUCUUCGCGCGGGAGGAUUGCUUUGUGUAGAAGAUGAAUCCUCGUGGUAGAUUUCCUCCGCCUGGGAUGGGGAAUGGCCGAGGAGGUAGCGGAAGUGCAAACCCUGGUUUCUAUCCGAGGACUCCUCAGCAGCAGCAGUACGUGCUGCGGAGCCAUGUGCACGGGCAGCCGGGUCCGCAGUUCCAGCACCAGUAUCAGCAGCAGCAGUGGUCGAGGAGGAACCUUCUGGGAGGUGACUCCGGUGAUCGGGAACCAGCGCAAUCUGUUCAAUCCGAGGAGAUUGAUUCUAGUUCCCAAGAUUGGAAGGCACAAUUGAACAUACCACCUUCUGAUACACGCUACAAGACAGAGGAUGUAACUGCAACUAAAGGGAAUGAGUUUGAGGACUAUUUCCUGAAGCGAGAACUUCUUAUGGGCAUAUACGAGAAGGGUUUCGAAAGGCCUUCACCUAUUCAAGAAGAAAGCAUUCCUAUUGCACUCACUGGCAGCGACAUUCUUGCUAGAGCUAAAAAUGGGACAGGAAAGACUGCUGCAUUUUGUAUUCCUGCACUUGAAAAAAUUGACCAAGAUCUUAAUGCAAUUCAAGUUGUGAUAUUGGUUCCCACUAGAGAAUUAGCUCUUCAGACAUCGCAAGUUUGUAAGGAACUUGGAAAGCAUUUGAAGAUUCAAAUUAUGGUUACUACUGGCGGGACUAGCCUGAAGGAUGACAUUAUGCGUUUAUAUCAACCUGUCCAGUUGCUGGUUGGAACUCCUGGUCGAAUACUUGAUCUUACAAAAAAAGGGGUCUGUGUCUUGAAGGACUGCUCAAUGCUUAUCAUGGAUGAGGCUGACAAGCUUCUUUCUCCAGAGUUUCUGCCAUCAAUAGAACAUGUUAUUCAGUUUCUUCCUGCUAAUAGGCAGAUUUUAAUGUUUUCAGCGACAUUUCCUGUAACUGUUAAGGAUUUUAAGGACAGAUACCUUCCGAAACCAUAUAUUAUCAAUCUCAUGGACGAACUCACACUGAAGGGAAUAACACAAUAUUAUGCUUUUGUUGAAGAGAGGCAGAAGGUUCACUGCCUCAAUACCCUUUUUUCAAAGCUUCAAAUUAAUCAAUCUAUUAUUUUCUGUAACUCUGUUAACCGGGUGGAGCUACUAGCAAAGAAAAUUACUGAGCUGGGUUAUUCUUGCUUCUAUAUUCAUGCUAAAAUGUUGCAAGAUCACAGAAAUCGUGUUUUCCAUGACUUCCGCAAUGGUGCAUGCAGGAAUCUUGUUUGCACUGAUCUCUUUACAAGGGGAAUUGACAUUCAGGCUGUUAAUGUUGUCAUUAACUUUGAUUUCCCAAAGAACGCUGAAACAUAUCUUCACAGAGUUGGCCGUUCAGGAAGGUUUGGUCACCUUGGUUUAGCUGUCAAUCUUAUCACCUAUGAGGACCGGUUUAACUUGCAUCGGAUUGAACAAGAACUUGGAACAGAAAUAAAACAGAUUCCUCCACAGAUUGAUCAGGCUAUAUACUGCCGGUGAUCUGCAACAGUUAUGAGUGACAUUUUCACGGUGAAUAAUUAGAGAGCUACCUUUAUACAUUGGCACAUCAAGGUUUCUUUUGUCACCUUGUAUUGCUGCCCUAGUUGAAUCUGAUGGCUAAAUGGCGAUACUAUGCCCCCCUCGUAGUUUUGGCUAUUUGGCAACUUUGAUCAUGGCCAUUAUUAACUUAAUAUGUUGUUGUAUUCAGAAAUAGAUUCUCUUAGCUCACAGUUUAGGAAAAGGCAUUAAACUGUUGUGCAUAUACUGGCAAAGAGUUGAUUGUUGCUUCAUGUUAUCUGUCAAAUGCAGACAGUUAAAGACCGCCAAGUUGUGGAUUGAAUGGGUAGUGUGUUAAAUCCUGAAUACCGAAAUACUAGAAUAUUAUCUUGCUUUGUAGGAUUAUGACAUAAACCCUUGUUUGAACCUGUUUUUGUUUUGUAUUUUGAAGUCCUGUAUAUUAUUUUA